AAAAAUUGCAAGGAGGAUGAAGAAUCUUAAAAUGAUGAUCAUUUGCAUCUUUACAAUCUUGGUCAUUCCUAGCAUCCUAUGUAAUGUUAACAUCACAUGUGAAAUUAAAGACAUAGAAUUUGAGACAGGAACAAGAACAAAAACGUGCAUUCCAUCAUCAUUUGUGAUUCAAAAUGAUACAGAAAUUUUUAACAUUACAAAUGGCAACGAGAAUAUUCAAGGAUUUUAUGUUGAAAAUUCUAAAUCAGAUUUAACUCCACUUGGCUUGUCAACAUCCUUUCCAGCUCUUAAAUACUUCAUUUUUAAAAAAUCAACAUUGACAAAAAUUUCUCAAAAUUCCUUGAAAAAUUUUCAAGAUCUGAUUGAAGUGAAUUUAUAUAAAAAUUUGCUGACAAAAAUUGAACCUGGCUCCUUUAGUGACAAUCAAAAACUCCAAAAAAUCAACCUUUCGUUCAAUAAAAUCAAAUUUAUUGAUAGUUGCGCAUUUUCAGGCUUAUAUAAUCUUCAAGAACUUCAUUUGAAUGACAAUGAACUCAAAACAAUCGAAGCUGGUUUAUUACAAGAUAAUCAAAAUUUAUUGGUAAUAAAGUUGCAAAUGAAUGGAAUUGAGCAACUUCCAGUGACACUUUUUCAUGGAUUAAGUAAAUUAAAUACAGUCACAUUGGACUAUAAUGAGCUACAAGCUAUACCUGAUCGUAUGUUUGUUGACAAUGAAGAAUUAAAAAUGUUUACCGUGUCGUCUAAUUCGAUAAGGAUUAUUGGUGCUGAGGUGCGAAACACAUUGGAAGCAUUAGACGUGUUUAAGAUCGAUAACAAUAAUUGCAUAGACAAUAGAGAAAGUUACGAAGACCUUAGUUUAAGUAGAACUUCAUUAGAUGGAAAAUGUGAAGCAACUUGUGAAGAUUAUAAAAAUUGGCUUGAACUAGAAAUAAAUGAAAACCGAAAUUUAGUAAAAUGUGAAAAAAUCGACACAACUACAACAACUUUGGCUUCAACAACUACUCUCACUGAACCACCUACAACAGAAUCAAGCAACGAUUUUUCAUAAAGGUCAUCAUAAAAUCAAGGACAUGGAACUAGAAGAUGAUUUGACCUUUCCUUUUCCUUUUCUUUAAAGUAUUGAAUUUUUUUGUGUA